AUGGUUCUAAGCUCUAGCUCUUCCACUUCUUCUGACACCUACAGGGCUUCGGAACAUAUUGUGCUUACCGAUUACUUCAAAGAUAUAAAUACUAGCUUAGAUGCUACAUCAAUUGAAACGCUUGAUCCAUUCAAAGACAAACCUAUAGAAGCAUAUCCCCCUCCAAUAUUGAAGGUGGGGAACAAAGAUGGAGGUGCCGAGUCAUUGCCUGAAACUUUAAAAAGAAGCAAUGUGCUUGAGGGAAAGAGUUUGCGACGUCAUGUUACUUUUGACGGCGUGAAUCAAGUCGUUCAGAUAGAUGCUGAAAAUGAACUCGAAAAAGAGAAUGAAAGAAAUGAGCUAGAAUCAAACGAAAUAAAAGAAAUAAAAGGCGAGAAUGAAUUCAAGUCUAAAGACCAAAUUGAAAUCGAAAGGAUCCUAGAUGUUUCUAUUAAGAACCAGUUGGCGUCCAACACAUCUCAAGAAUCGGGCUUCUCUAAUGAUUGCAAAUCUCAGUCGGUAUUAGACUCGUUUUCAGAUCAGCUACAAAAAAUUCUCUUUUACCUGGAUCCUGAAGAUGCUAACCAUUCACAAGAAGUUCUUCAAGAGAAAGAUACUGAACAAUUUCUACAUUUGCUUGAAACAAAGGCAAUUAAAGCGUCUGAAAAAAUUCGUCAACUUCUUCUGGACAAUGAUGGGACGAACGGCAAGAUCCGACAGAUCCUAGAAAAACUAGAGACCAAAGAAGAAGAAGUAAGUCAAAAAGAAUCAAUGAUAAAAUCAAUGAAACUACGACAUGAGAGAGAAAUCUAUGAAAUACGUAGAAGCUUUGACGCCGCCAAUAACGAUUUCAAAGAGAAAUUAGACAAACAGCAUUCCCAGUCGUCUACAGAGAAGGAGUUAAUCCGACGAUAUAGUUCAUUUGUUGAGGGAGUGAGGAACUUGCAUCCUUCCUUCAAUACUGAAGGACAAGCGCUGGAUGACUUGCUUACAGAGAUUACGAAUGUACUUACUACAACCACCCAGUCAGAGUCGUCUGCUCACAACGAGCUUACAAUCAAAGAUUCUAAGUUGGAGAAAUUGAGUCUGACAAAGUGCGAGCUUGAAACUCAAAUUGAGCUUCACAAGAAGGACAUUUUAAGCUUAAGUUUGCAACUACAAGAAAGACAAGGCCAAUUAGAGGACCUUCAGAGGGCAAAUUUGUCUAAUUCGCAUGGAAUGGAGCUCAUAAACGAGAAGUUGAAGUUUACCCAAAACUUGCAUCACGACUUAGAAAUUGAGUACGGAAAUCUACAAGAGGAUAAGUUCAAGAUUUCUGAACAGAAUAUUAAGCUUCUUAGCCAACAGGCGACUCUCAAAGAAGAAGUUGAAAGGCUUCGCUCCAGUAAAGCUCUGAUUAGCAGCGAACUCCAAUCUUACCAGGAAGAAAUAAUUCAGACUGAAGGGAGAUAUCAACAAAGAAUUUCAGUUUUGGAGGCGGAAAACCAUAGGUUAAAAUCAGAAAAAAAAGAGUCAAGAAAGCUGAACGCUGAGCUUGAAGAAAAAUACAAGAAUCAACUGAAACAAAAAGAUACCCUAAUUGAUGUUCAGAGAGAUCAGGUUUCUGAGAUGAUGAAGAAAGUUGAUCAUUUCAAAUCAAAACUCAAUGAAAGAAAAAAUAUUCAUGAUAAUGUCAUCCUUGGAGAGGGCAACACUGUUAGAGAUAAGUUUCGUAAAAUUGCUAUAAGAAAUGGCACUUAUGGGAAGUUUCUGAAAUCUGCAUACGACGAUAUCUGUGAUAGAUUAUUUGCUCAGCUAACCAGAAUGAUUUCCUCAGAGGACAUCGAGUCUAUAACUCCAACAUGGGAGAAAUUGAAGAACUACUCACCCUUUGACAAGAAUGACGAGAUUGAUGAAUCUUUUGUGUUAGAACAACAGAAACGUGCUUCCGAAAUUGAGCAAUUUGUGGAAUCAUCCUUGUCUGGGUUGAUUGACCGACUAUUUGAAUACCACAAAAAGACAACAUACCAAAGAGGGAAAAUAGAGAAGCUUUCAACGACUGUCUCAGAAUUGACAAUAAGAGGAAUAAAUCCAAGAACUAUGUCAACCAAUGGCCAAGGAAGGAUCUCAGGGGCUCACGCACGGAAUGGAAGUAGCGUAGCUACCAGCUCCAUGUCGUCUACGCAUCUAGAAAAGAAAACAUCUCCGACAAAGCAUAGAAGACGCAACAGUCGUCCACAAGACUCCUCUCAUUACGAAACCCUCAGUAGCAUUCCCAAAGGGAAAGAUAUAGAUGCCGCAUACAAUAACCAGGCCAACCUAACUAAAAACAUAGGAGCUUGCCUAUAA